AUGGUGCUCAGUCAAAAAUGCAAUAAAAGUAUCAAUUUCUUAUUAUUUAUUCAGGAGAUAUCACCUAAGCCUCAAAGUCAGAAAAAAAAUGAAGCUGAUAUUAGCAGUUCUGCCAACAUUCAGAAAUCGGCACUGCUGCCCUCCAACUUGUCUUCAGGAAAAUCUCGCAGCAAGAAGUGCAAACAAGAAUCUGGAGAUUCUGCAGGGUGUCUAAAGCCCCUUAAAACACCAUUUUCCCCAGAGUUAAUACAAGUGGAGGAUUUGACCCUGGUCUCCCAGCUUCCUUCUUCUGGGAUAAAUAAAACUAUUGCCAAUCUUGCUCAUGUCUCCCUUGAGAAGCAUGGACUAAGUCUUCCUCUUGACUUAAGCAGUAACUUGGACGUUUCAGCUCUCUUCCCUGGGGAGGCCGCCCUCUAUAGCAAACAGCCCAGUCAGGAGAAGGAAGAGAACAAGAUUAUUAGAUGCCAUCUUUCCAAAACAGGGACCGAUGGCAGAAUAGCUCCAGUGGCCCCAGGAACACUGAAAAUUGAGAGGAAAUCAAAAUUGGAAGAAAGAGCCUCAUCUUUACUUGGUAAAAAGAAGGAGAAGGAGAGGAAAGAGAAGAAGGAAAAAGAUCUGAAGUCAAAACAGAAGAAGAAAAAGAAGAAAUCGAAACAGCAUGACCUUUCUGACAUGGAGUUUUUGGAUGACUCUUCCACCGAGAGCUUGCUGCUGAGCGGCGAUGAAUAUAAUCAGGAUUUUGAUUCGAUCAAUUUUGAAGAGUCCCAAGACGAAGAGGAUGCUCUGAAUGAAAUAGUCAGGUGCAUCUGCGAAAUGGAUGAGGAAAAAGGCUUCAUGAUUCAG